UCCGGGUCUUCAGGUUGCUGGCUGGCGACCCGUCGCCAUUUGUGCAAGUUCGUUGUUCGUGUCGUUUGAUUUUUUGUUUUAAAUAUUUGCGUUAUUUCGUUUGAUGUUUCAGUGAAAACACUUGACAUCUUGUUUGAAUCAUAGUGUUUGUGGGUUUUUUUUUGUUUGUUAUCGAGGUCGAAGUCAGUUUUUGGGGUGUUUGCCCCGCGCCGCCGUUUUUUUUUUUUCUUUCUUUCAACAGCCUCCAUAAUCUGAGACGCAGAAAUCGUGUCUCUGAUAUUUUUUUUUUAUUUAGUUUUCGAGAUGUCGCCGUGAUGGGGAGUCCGCUCUUGAGAGAAAUGAAUCAGGGCCUUGGCCGCCUGAGCCGCGCUGUUUGCAGUCCGUUUUCUGCUGCUGUUUUUGUGUUUGAUGCUAGAGAGCUCGGCGGCUCUCUGCCCGGAGCUCGGCCUCAGCACCGCUCACUGCCCGGAACUCGCCAUGGAGAAAAACCCCAGUACCAGCACCAAGCCUCCGCCCCGGUCCAGCUCCACAGGCCCGGCGCCCGGAGAAUCUAAACCCAAAGCAGAAGGCAAGAAUAAUGGAGGUUUCAAACGCUAUGGCCGCAAGCGUGAACCUUCUUUUCCAAAAAGUGACGGCUUUCCAGGCCCUCGCCGUCCCAAUUCACAGAAAAGUAAGAAUUUUGACAAGAGACCCCCUCAGAGGGGUGCAGGACGACCUUACUGUGUUCCAGGUGGAGGACGACGUGAGGAGGUAGCAGAGACGCACCGAGCCGAGUUUAGCCCGGCUCAGUUUUCUGGACCUAAAAAGAUAAGCCUGAACCAUCUGUUGAACUUCACCUUUGAGCCUCGUGGUGGGCAUGGUGGAGCCGGAGAAAGAGGUCACUCAUACUGGGGCCGCCGAAAUAAAUGGGGCCACAAGCACAAGCCGUUCAAUAAGGAACUUUUUCUGCAGGCCAACUGCCAGUUUGUUGUGAGUGAUGACCAGGACUACAAGGCUCACUUCACUGAUCCAGACACUCUGGUUAACUGGGACUGUGUGCAGCAAGUGCGCAUCUGCAGUCAUGAGAUGCCGUCUUGCCCCAUCUGCCUGUACUCUCCAGUGGCUGCCAGGAUCACUCGAUGUGGACACAUCUUCUGCUGGCCCUGCAUGCUGCACUAUCUGUCUCUGAACGACAGGAGCUGUGCUAAGUGUCCCAUCUGCUAUGAGGCUGUUCACACCACUGACCUGAAGAGUGUGGUUGCUAUGGAGACCAGGCAGUAUGCCGUGGGUGACAUAAUCGCAAUGCGGCUGAUGCGCAGGGAGAAGGGCGCUGUGGUGGCCAUGCCAAGUGCUCAAUGGGUGAAAGUGGAGGAACCAGUUCGCUUUGGUGAUGCCUGUCUGAGUCCUUACUCCAAGCUGCUGCUGACCUCCCCGGCUCAGGUGCUGAGCCUGGUUGCAGAGGAGAAGGCCGUCCUACAGGAUCAACUGAGUCAAGAGGACGACGCUCAGGCCUGCUUCAUCCAGACCGCGCUGUGUCUGCUGCAGGAACGCGAGGAAAAGCUUUUGAAUCAGCAGUUGCCAGGAGCAGCAGACGGCCUUGAACUGUCCUCUUUGACUCUUGAAGAAACUGUUUCUGCUGAGGAUGAAGUGGUGACGACCACCAGCAGCAGCACCAAACCUCUGCUGCAGUACUCCUCUGCUUUUGAUGAUGAGGUAGAGGAGUUCCUCGAGGAGGCAGCUGCAGAGCUGCCAGACUUUCCUGCUGGUGUCCUGGACAGUGUGCUGGAGGAACCUACAGAGAACGAUGCAGAACCAGAGCCACAGCUGGACGGCCGCAGCCCACCCAGCCAGUCUGUGCCAGACCAGCCUGCAGCCGGCACAGUGCACGGACCAUACUACUACUUCUACCAAGCUGAUGACUGCCAGCAGAUGUUCCUGCAUCCUAUAAAUGUGCGCUGCCUGUUGCGUGAAUAUGGCAGCUUGGAGGCCAGUCCCGAUUUGAUCACAGCCACAGUGGUGGAGAUCGAGGGCCACACUGUCACUGAGGAGAUUCGGCGCCACCAACGCUAUCUGGCUCAUCUGCCGCUGACCUGUGAGUUCAGACUGUGUGAGCUGGCCCUGCAGCACCCCAUCCUCUCCAAAGAAACCCUGGACACCUUUGCAGAGGAUUUGGAGAAAAGAAGGCGCGUGAGGCAGAGGAAAGCUAGGGACGAGAAGCGCCGAGAGAAACGAAUUGAAAUGGAAGAGAACAAGAAACAGGGCAAAUAUCCUGAGGUUCAUAUCGCCAUCGAGAACCUUCAGCACUUCCCUGCGUUUGGUUCUCCACCAUUCAGCCCACCAGUCCAGCCUGAUUUGACGUGUGCUCCUCCGUUGCCCCACAGCAGCAGUCCUUCUGAUGAAGUGAAGGAAGGCGUGAAUGCAAAAAACUCUUUACCUGGUGUGGACGACGAGUCUCACUGCAUGUCCUUUGCACAGAUGCUGCGAAACGGUAAAGCCAGAGCGGACGCCGGCCUCAGGAGCACACCAAAGAAAGGUUGUAAACUGCUGGCUCCCCCAGCGGUGGACAGCGAUGGCGAGAGUGACGGCUCGGACCGCGUGCCGGUCCCCAGCUUCCAAAACUCCUUCAGCCAGGCCAUCGAGAAGGUGCUUCUGCAGCUGGACAGCGGCCCGUCUGUGUCCCCGCGGCCUGUCGUCCACUCAGAUGAGAAAGGAGGGAAGAAGAAAAAGAAAAAACAGAAACUUUUGUUCAGCACCUCCAUGGUUCACACAAAAUAGUUCCCCUCAUAUUGCCUCUUGGCUUGUCUGCUGCGGCUUCUUUUUACUUCUCCGGUGGUCUUUGUUGAACCUUUAAUAUGUGGAAAUCAUUUUUAGGAUGUAGCCAAAGCUUAAACUGCUUCAACAGCACAUGCUCGUAGCUGACCACAGGACUCCACGCGUGGGAUGAGAUCAGGUAGUUCCUGCUGUUUUCUGAGGCUGAGCCACAGCGUUGCACAUGCAGGGUUAAGGAGUAAUGUGGCUGAUGAGGGUGCUGCGGGUGCUUUUAGUGAGGGAGCAGUCAGCCAGCUGCACAUUUGUUGCAUCCUUUGGAUGCUCUUUGCCAUUUGCUCAUCCUGUAACUUCAAAGACAAAUGAUCCCUUUGAUUCAUUCACAGGUAACAAUUCCAGCUCUUAUUUUGAUGGUCGCUGCUACAACGUGCAUCUGAAAUGUUCUCGCCCUGUGUGAGCAAGUAAAAUCACAGUAUGGUAUUAAUCAGUGGUUCAGCCAUAGAGAAACCUUAAUCCGGUCAGUCCUGCCCGCAUUGUCUCUGCUGUUGAAGCUUAAAUUCUUAUUUUAAUUUCCGUGUUGGAGAUGUGUGGAGUCAGAAGCAGCAUGUGGAAUAAAGGCUGGUGUGAGGGUUCUUUAACUCGCCUUUGAUUUGGUCCAAGUGUUUGGGCUAGCAAGAGGAACUAGUUUGAAAUUAAUAAAGCUGUAUGCACAAUCACA